AUGAGAAUGCAUUUGAAAAUUAUGGAAGAGUUCCAUCUCAAACUUGCAAAGAAAAUACCAGGAUCUACAAUCUCCAUAAGUGGAGAAGAAAAAAAAAAGAGGAAAAUUGCAACUGAACUUUCACAUGCUGCAACAGAAUCAUUAGCACAAGAAAUCAUGAAAGUUGGAUUGAAAGUGGAAGAAAAUACUGGUAUAAAUACAUGA